UCAAUCCAAAUCUAAUAUAGUACCUAACACAGAUUCUCAGUUCAACUUUCCCUCUUAUUAACUCUGCAUUUAUUUCUCUGCCUCCUAACAAUGGCACCUGUUCAAUUUCAGCAACUUACUCACCAGAAUGGUUCAGUAGAGAGCUUAUGCAUGAGCCAUUGUGAUGACCCGCUCAAUUGGGGCGUGGCGGCUGAGUCCCUCAAGGGAAGUCAUCUCGAUGAGGUGAAGCGCAUGGUAGAGGAAUACCGGAGGCCUGUGGUGAAGCUGGGAGGAGAGACCCUCACCAUUUCCCAAGUGGCUGCUAUUGCCAGUCGAGAUUCUGAUGUCAUGGUGGAGUUGGCCGAGUCGGCGAGAGCCAGUGUUAAAGCAAGUAGCGAUUGGGUGAUGGAGAGUAUGAGUAAAGGGACGGAUAGUUAUGGUGUUACUACUGGAUUUGGUGCCACGUCUCACCGGAGAACUAAGCAAGGUGGAGCUCUUCAGAAGGAGCUGAUUCGAUUUUUGAAUGCUGGGAUCUUUGGAAGUGGGGCUGAGUCGAGUCAUACUUUGCCUCACACGGCAACGAGGGCCGCCAUGUUAGUAAGGAUUAAUACUCUACUUCAAGGCUACUCGGGCAUUAGAUUUGAGAUUUUGGAAGCUAUAACCAAACUUCUCAAUCACAACAUCACCCCAUGCUUACCACUCCGAGGAACAAUUACUGCUUCUGGAGAUCUAGUUCCUUUGUCAUAUAUAGCUGGACUACUUACAGGUCGUCACAACUCAAAGGCUAUUGGUCCCAAUGGUGAAACCCUUGAUGCAGAGGCUGCUUUUAGACAAGCUGGUAUUCCUUCGGGUUUCUUUGAGUUGCAGCCAAAAGAAGGUCUCGCUCUUGUUAAUGGUACUGCUGUUGGUUCUGGGUUGGCUUCUAUUGUUCUCUUUGAGGCAAAUAUUUUGGCUGUUUUGUCAGAAGUUCUUUCUGCCAUUUUUGCUGAGGUGAUGCAAGGAAAGCCUGAGUUCACCGAUCAUUUGACUCAUAAAUUGAAGCAUCACCCUGGUCAGAUUGAAGCAGCUGCCAUCAUGGAACACAUUUUGGAUGGAAGUUCUUACAUGAAAGCAGCCAAGAAAUUGCAUGAAAUUGAUCCUCUUCAAAAGCCCAAGCAAGACCGUUAUGCUCUUAGAACUUCACCCCAAUGGCUUGGUCCCUUGAUUGAAGUGAUUCGAUUCUCCACAAAGUCUAUCGAACGAGAGAUUAAUUCAGUCAACGACAACCCUUUGAUUGAUGUUUCAAGAAACAAAGCGUUGCAUGGAGGCAACUUCCAAGGUACACCCAUUGGAGUUUCUAUGGACAACACUCGCUUGGCUAUUGCUUCAAUUGGAAAGCUCAUGUUUGCCCAAUUCUCAGAACUUGUCAAUGAUUUCUACAACAACGGUUUGCCUUCUAAUCUUUCUGCAAGUAGAAACCCAAGCUUGGAUUAUGGGUUUAAAGGUACUGAAAUUGCCAUGGCUUCAUAUUGCUCUGAGCUUCAAUAUCUUGCAAAUCCAGUGACAAGUCAUGUCCAGAGUGCUGAGCAACAUAACCAAGAUGUUAACUCUCUUGGUCUAAUUUCUUCAAGGAAAACAGCUGAAGCCAUUGAUAUUCUGAAACUCAUGUCUUCCACGUUUUUGGUUGCUCUUUGUCAAGCAAUCGACUUAAGGCAUUUGGAAGAAAACUUGAAAGACACUGUCAAAAGUACCGUAAGCCAAGUAGCCAAAAAAGUGUUGACUACAUCCUCUAAUGGCACACUUCACCCAUCAAGAUUUUGUGAGAAAGAUCUACUUAAAGUUGUUGACAGAGAAUACACAUUUGCUUACAUCGAUGAUCCAUGCAGUGCUACUUACCCAUUGAUGCAGAAGUUGAGGCAAGUUCUUGUUGAGCAUGCACUUGCAAAUGGUAAUGACGAAAAGAACACAAACACUUCAAUCUUCCAAAAGAUUGCUGCUUUUGAGGAGGAACUAAAGACAAUAUUACCAAAGGAAGUCGAAAAUGCAAGGUUGGCGUAUGAGUAUGGAGACUCUAAGAUUGAAAACCAGAUUAAGGAAUGCAGAUCCUAUCCACUAUACAAAUUUGUGAGAGAAGAAUUGGGAACAAGAUUACUAACUGGAGAAAAGGUGACAUCUCCUGGAGAAGAGUGCGAGAAGGUAUUUACAGCCUUAUGUCAAGGAAAAAUGGUCGACUCUAUCUUAGAAUGCUUGAAAGAGUGGGAUGGUGCUCCAAUUCCUAUUUGCUAGUCCUACGGUUCACCAAGGUGGAUUAUAAGUUUCAACUUAAGGGCUGAAUAUGUACUUUGGCUAUUUUUCAUUCCUUUUCCUAUCUUAAUUUCAUUUUACCAAAAUGAUGAAUUAAUAAAUAACAUUCUGUCACAAAUUCUACCA